UGAGCUCUUUUUUUUUUUUACUCUUUGGAUCUUUGGAAAACCUGCUGUGUGAUGCUGCAGUCAUUUCUGAUCUGAGCACAGGAGUGCUCUCUAUCCCUCCUGAUUUGCAGUCAGGGCAACUUGGCUGUUGAGGAAAGUGCUUUGCCAGGUGUUCCUGUGCAAUCCGAGGAGAAUUUUUUAUUUCUUUCUUUCUAUCUACCUACCUAUCUUGGAAUAACAGUGCCAUGCCUUCUGGAUUGCAAUACAGCCUCUUUCUCUUCUUGUGCCUAACAUCAUGUCAGGAAUCUCAAGCAUCCCAGAACUGCAUGAACAAGCAACAGCUUCUGACUGCCAUCCGCCAAAUGCAGCAAUUUCUAAAGGGGCAGGAAACGAGAUUUGCCGAGGGGCUCCGUGUCAUGAAACACCGGCUGACGACUCUGCAAAACGCAGUCAUGAAAACUACCCCUGACCCACCAACUGUGUUCUGCCCUGCCCUGGAUGCCCCGCUGAAUGGCAAAAGAUUUGGCACCAAGAACAUGGUGGACCAUGAAGUCCAUUUCACCUGCGAUCCUGGAUUCCGACUCGUGGGCUCCAGUUCUCGAGUGUGUCAGCCAAACGGCAGCUGGACAGGAGAUGUUCCUGAGUGCACAGAUAUUGGGGUAUGUACCAGUCACCUGUGCCAGAAUGGAGGAACAUGUGUUGACCGAGGUGAACAGUACAAAUGCUUUUGUCCCCAGGAGUGGACAGGCCCCAACUGCCAAUAUCAAACGCAGACAGUACCACCAGAAUGGAGCGUAACAGAUGAUCCGGCGUUCAGCCGUAAACCUCGCUGCGCCAAAUUUGACCGGAUGCAGCAGUGCAGCUGCGAAGCAGGCUUCCAUAUGAGCGGCACAGCAGAAAACAGCAUCUGCCAGGAUGUGAAUGAAUGUGAAGUUUACAAGCUGGAGGGAGUCCCUCGCCUCUGUAUGCACACCUGCAUCAACAUUCCUGGCUCCUACCGCUGUUCCUGCCCCAGAGGAUACCAGAUCUUCAGCGAUGGGAAAAGCUGUGAAGACAUUGACGAGUGUGCUCUCUCAUUGCACAACUGUACCAGGGGAACGACAUGCAUUAAUACAGGAGGAAGCUUUCAGUGUGUUAAUCCAGAGUGCCCCAAGCCCAGUGGAAACAUCAGCUAUGUGAAAACAUCGCCGUUCCAAUGCGAACGGAACCCAUGCCCCAUGGACAGCAGAUCCUGCCACCAUGCCCCGAAGACCAUCUCCUUCCAUUACCUUCCUCUGCCAUCCAACCUCGUCACUCCCACUGCCCUCUUCCGCAUGGCUACUGCGUCGGCUCCUGGGCGGCCUGGCCCCGACGGCCUGCGCUUUGGAAUCGCGGCAGGCAACGGCCGGGGCCAUUUCGUCAUGCAGCGCUCGGACAGGCAGACCGGCGAGCUCAUCCUCGUCCAGAGCCUGCAGGGCCCUCAGACCACAGAAGUGGAAGUCGACAUGACCGAGUACCUGGACCGCACCUUCCAAGCGAAGCACGUCUCGAAGAUCACCGUCUUCGUGUCGGCUUACGAGUUUUAACGGAAGCCGUUUGCACAGGGGAGGAAAAGAAGCAGCUUGCGGCCUGCUCUUACUCACCCAGAACAUUUGGUUCUAACCACCAGCUGUACUACAAAAGCCCGAACAGACAUCAGGCAUUGCUGUCUGGGUACUUGCCUGUUUUAAUGCCAGCCUCAGAUAUAAUGGCUGUCGCCUUUCUGCUUCUCCUCCAGGGGUAGCUGGCAUGGCUCUCUCCCGAUGCUGUUAGACUACAGCUUCCAUCAGUCUUGCGGGCUGCUGAUGGGAGUUCGAGUUCAGCAUCAUUUUGAGGGCGCCACAUUGGCUACCCCUGUUUGACUUUAAACACUAGAUGCCCUGAGUGCCUUGGAGGGAUAAUAAUGUGAUUGACUUCCAACUAUGGUUGGUGUCCCACCUUGAUCAACGCCCCCCUUACUCUAACCUGCCCUUUGUUAGCCAAUCCAGCAUGUCACAUAUACAGACAACCUGUCCUUAAUGCAGGCACUCUGCCCUCAUCUCAAGCAGAAGUUCAUCUAAGGAAGAGAACAGGUCCAGAGCUGUCAACUUUCCCUCUUUUUGCAAUGGGAAACGGUGCUGGAAU